AUGGCAGGAGAUUCUCGAGUCCUCAUGGACCACGAAAUGGAGAUAGGAGUCACACCUGGACAGGUGAAGAAGCUUCCCAAACAUUUGCGGGAGGCUCAGAUCUCGACGGAACGGACCCACCUGAUUUCCGACCCGGUGAAGAAGCCCCGUCAGCGUUACGUGCAAAAGGACGGCAAGUGCAAUGUUCACCAUGGUAAUGUGCAAGAAACCUACCGUUACCUCAGUGACUUGUUCACUACGCUGGUGGACCUGCGCUGGCGUCUUAGCCUCUUCAUCUUCACCUUGGUUUACGUGGUCAACUGGCUGUUCUUUGGCCUACUGUGGUGGCUGAUUGCACUCAUCCGUGGAGAUUUGGUACACGCUGACGAGGAGGGCUGGACCCCCUGCGUGGAAAACCUCAAUAGUUUCGUCUCAGCCUUCCUCUUCUCCAUUGAGACGGAGACCACCAUCGGCUAUGGUUAUCGUGUCAUUACAGAAAAAUGCCCAGAGGGCAUCAUCCUGCUGCUGGUACAGGCCAUCCUAGGCUCGAUUGUCAAUGCUAUGAUGGUGGGCUGCAUGUUUGUCAAGAUAUCUCAGCCAAAGAACCGUGCCGAAACCCUCAUGUUCUCACACAAGGCUGUCAUCUCCGUGCGGGACAACAAGAUGUGCCUCAUGUUCCGUGUGGGGGACCUUAGGAACUCUCACAUUGUAGAGGCGUCAAUCCGCGCCAAGCUGAUCCGCUCACAGCAGACUAAGGAAGGGGAGUUCAUCCCACUCAACCAGACCGACAUCAAUAUUGGCUUCGAUACAGGAGACGAUCGCCUGUUCCUUGUGUCUCCUCUCAUCAUCUCCCACGAGAUCAACGAGAAGAGCCCCUUCUGGGAGAUGUCGCAGGCCCAAAUGGAGAAGGAGGAGUUCGAGAUCGUGGUCAUCCUGGAAGGCAUGGUGGAGGCUACAGGAAUGACAUGCCAGGCACGGAGUUCCUACCUUGACACGGAGGUGUUGUGGGGCUAUCGCUUCACACCCGUCCUCUCCCUGGAGAAGGGCUUCUACGAGGUGGACUACAACAACUUCCAUGACAUCUACGAGACCAACACGCCCUCCUGCAGCGCCAAAGAGCUGGCUGCCAAGCUCCGGGAAGGCCCACUGCUGCCCCAGCUCUCCCUCCUCUCCCCCGAGCCCAAAACCCAUACUAUGGACCCCCUGGACUGCCUAUCCACUCGGGACCCUCUGACCAGUGAAAAGGACAAGGAGGAGGGGGAGACAGAGGGUGACAGAGGCGAGACCAAUGGCUCAGCUGCUGCUUUGGAAGAGCAACCCCUGACAGAUGGAUUGACUGACUGA